AUGGCCAAGAAGAAAGCGUCGCGUAAGAGUAACGUCAACGAUAAUCCACAAAGCCACGACGACGAGAAAGCCACGAAACUUACCCGGCAGUCUUCCAUGGAGGACUCUUCGGAGGAGAGAGUGCAGAAUCUUAAGUCUCUCAACGCGAUGCUUCUCAAACAAACCGUGGAGAAGCGGCAGCAGAUCGAUUCGCUGGCGCAGGCCAAGAGCGAGCUUGAGACCGAGUUGGCUCGGUACGGAUCGGAGCGAGGCGAGUUGCGGAGCGAGUUGGAUGAGGUUAGCGACGAGAAUUUGGGGUUGAGGAUGGAGUUAGGGUUUGUUAUGGAUUUCGUCGGGUGUAGGUUUAGAGAGAUGAGUGUUGGAGUGGAGAGGUUGGUUGAUGAUAGAGAGAGAGAGGUUAGGGUUUUGAGAAGGGAAGUUGAUAGGGUUUUGAGUGAGGUUGAGAGUGGUAGGGAGAGGUUGAGGGAGGUUAAGAAUGAGUUUGAGGUGAAGUGUGGGGAGGUGAGGAGGUUGGAGGAGAAGGAAGGUAGUUUGGAGAGGGUGAUUGAGGGGUUGAGAGGUGAGAAGGAGAAGAUGGUGGAGGAGAGGAAGGAGAAGAUUGUUUUGGAGAAGGUUAUGGAAGAGAAAAGGAAGGAGAUUGAGGGGUUGAAGAGGGAAGUGGAUGUGCUUUUGGGUGUUAAGAAUGAGAUGGAGGUUGUAAAGAGUGAUCAGAGAGGGGAAAUAGAGGAGUUGGAGAGGAAGUUAGGGAAGAUGAGUGGUAUGGUUAUUGAGUUGGAGAAGGAAGAGAAGGUUUUGAGGGAUAUGGUUAUUGAGUUGGAUAAGAAUCUUGAUGAGUCUAUGGAGAAAGAGAGGGAAAUGAUGGUCAAGAUUGAUGUUAUAGGGAAAGAGAAGAUGGUUAAGGAGUGUGAGCUUGAGAGGUUAAUGGAGGAGAAGAGUUCAGUUGAGAAACAAAUGGAGAUAGUCAAUGGGCAGUGUUCAGAUAAGGAGAAGUUGAUUGACCAGUUGUCUCGGGAGAAAGUUGAGCUUGAGGAGCGUGUUUUUAGUGGAGAGGUAAAGCGUGUUGAGUUGAAGCGAAAGGUUGAUGAGUUAGAGCAUGCCGUUGCUGCGUUACAAAAGGAUUGUAAUGAUCGAACCGAGACCAAUGAGAAGCUUAUCUGUAAAGUUGGAGAGCUAAGGGAUGCGCUUGAGCAGGUUGAGUUUGAGAGAGUAAAAGCUGAUAAGGCACUUGAUGAGGAGAAGAAACAUGGAGAGGAUCUCAAGGCAGAUGUUUCAAAAUCAGAGAAGAUGAUUGAAACAACUCUAGAAGAGCUUGAGAAGAUUAAGAUUGAGCGUGAGAGUUUAUCUACAGCAAAGGAUGAUUUGGAGAAACAAUCCAAAUCACUUAAAAGCGAAAAGACUAUCCUCGAAAAGGAGCUUGCAGAGCUCACAAAAGCUAUGUUGGAGCUAGAAUCAAUAGAGAAAGCGUUCAAAAGCAAAGAGAAUAUAAUCAAGGAGAUGAAGAAAGAAGCUGAGACAAUGAAGCAAUCAACAGAAGAGGCACACAGGAAGAAGAGUUUCUGGACUGCUGUUUCGUCUGUAACAACCAUUUUUGCUGCUGCAUCCUUUGCCUAUGCCUCUAGGACACGUUAA